UCGGCGCUCGCUUUUUUAUUUUUUUUGUGAAAACGAGGUCCGAGGAAAAUUACAUUGUUGACAAAAUGGCGGAGUCGCGGGAAAAUACUCCACGCAGUUUGAUCGGGAAAAAACUCGAAGUGAAAUGUAAUGACAAUGUUGUUCGGGAAGGUUUCCUAUAUACGAAUGACCCACAAACUAAUAUCCUUGUUCUUGUUAAUCGAAUUGUUUUAUGUCAAGAAACCGCGUCAAUAACGGCGGAAGAUGGUUGUAAACUUUCUCAAAGUUACCCCGCGAAUCCAGAGAACAAAGAUACCAACAAUGUUGCCGUAACAGAUUUCAAGUCUUCACAAAAGCUAAAAUUCGAAUUUAUAAUGGGAGAUGCUUAUGAAUGUGUGAAAGAUAUACACAACGAUUCUGAUGAUCAAAUAUGGGCAAGUAUUCAAGAAACUUUACUUCGAAUGAUUGAGAGAAAAGAAAAUUGUACACCUAUAAAUUCGCCCGACACCAAAGAGAAGUUGGAAGUGAUUACAGAGAGACUGGAAAAGCAUCACGUACCUUAUAAAGUCGACAAGUUUUCCAUCGAGCUUUUUGGUGGUCUUGUUAAGAUUGAACCACCAUAUAAUAAAAAUUCAUGCUUUAGUCGCAACCCAGUUGUUUUAGACAAAAUACGAAACCUAAUUGAAACAGAAAGUAGAGAUGUUGAAAUGAUUUAAAAAACUGUGAUCAUUUAUGUCAAUUAAAUUCUGUUUUAUUAUUUCAUGAAGCUAUAUUUUACAUAUAUAUGCAUCAAUUAUCUUUUCAUGUACCGUAUAUGCUUAUACAUUGUCAGAACUUUUCUUAAUGAUAAUAAUAAUAAUAAAUUUUUUUAGAGCACACAUACAAAUAAGAAAUUAUCUAUCUAUGGAGCUUUACAAUGACAAAGUUUAUAACUAGUUUAAAAUUGCAUGGAUCAAUUUACUGUGCUUCAAUGUCAAUACACUUGCAAAGUAUGCUGAACUAUCAAAUUUUUAGAUUUUAAACCUUAUCAUUAACCGUGAUCCUUGAUCAUAAAGUUGGUGCAGCGAGAAUGUUACUUCCACACCCUCUUUCUGUCCACUUCUGGUGUUAGUGGGUCAUCACCUAACCCCUGUUCGUUUAAAUCACCUUUUAUUUGAUAGACCCUUUUUUUUGGCUUUGAAUUGAAUAGUUCUUGACUAUGUGUGUCGUUAGAAUCAAUUGUUUGAUCAUUUUACCAAAAGUUCAAGAAAAGAUCAGAUUUUGACUUUGAUUUUGACUUUGAUUUUGACAAAACCAUGAAAGUUGCCAAAGAAAAGUGGCUAAAAACAAGACAAGAAUACAAGAAGAGCAACUCAUUUGCCUCAUCAAUGGUUGCUGUUGUCAAAGUUUCGAACAACAAAGCCUGUUACAUUCAGAAACUGGAUGCUGCUAACAUCUAUGUCCUUCCACAUGUUUGCAUAUUUGUUCCAACCAGUUGGGUGUUAUCAACUUAAAUUUUUGCUCAAAAGAGUUUUCUAUGAGCAUUAGUAGACAUAGGACUUGGUAGAUAAUGGUUUGAUAUUGCAAUAUUUGUGUAAAUUAUAUAUUUCAUUUUCUCAAUGGCAAAUUGACUUUAAAAAAUUUUUUAAAAACUUAUGCUCUCUUUGCUUCUUCUUGUGUUAGUAGGUCCCUGCCUAUCUCUGCUAAUUUUACAAAACUGUAACUUUGUUUCUGUACUAAAAAUGGACUGAUGCUGUUUGUAAGUCAAUCAACAUAUUUUAUCUGAUAUAUUGUUGGUGUAUUUAAGACAUUUUUGGUAGAUUUUGGGAAAAUAGCCAAAAAGCCAGAUUGCAGUGGAAUGUUGAAGCAAAUUUAGCCUUAGCUCUUCCAGUUAGUAAGGUGGAAAGAGUGAACUAUUUGGGAACAGCAUUGUUUGAGAAUGAUUGUCCUCCCUUCGCCUCUGUUACUUUGAAGAUUAGUCUACAAGUAGACAUUCACGUGAAAAGUACUUUUAAAAGAACAAAGAUUCGAAGCUUAGCAAAAUGCUGUAAUAUUUCCGAUAAUUUCCCAAGUUAAGUGCAAGAAAAUUUAAUUUCAUGUCGCUUUAUGGUAAAUUUUAGGGUCGCUGUUAACAGGAAAACACACUUGAAAUGAAAUGAAGGCGACUACCAUAAACAUGGCAUUUCCCAUUAUGCGCCAGUUAGGAGCCAAUGACUAUUCUCCCAAAAAUGAAGAAAAAAAGGAAGCAAACACACUUUUGGUCAACACGUACAAUAAUCGAGAACAUUCUAGGAAAUUAACAUUUCAGCAACGAAUUUCAUGGGUGCCCACGACACACAUCAAACUGAAAAUUUAUGACCAUGAAGAAGCUUGAAUAUGAAUUUAAAGAGGGGUCGGCAACAGAUGAUAAAGUGCACAAUUUACACUGAAUACGCAACUUUGGUUGCAACAGGCACUCAGUGGCAACUGAAACUUGGGGGUACGUGAGCAACACCGUGAAGUAGGUUUAUGGAGAAGCUCUGGAUGGGCUCACAACAUUGGGGCCCGUUUUUGGCAAAAAUUUCCUUUUCGCAAAUUUUGAAGGCAAUCAAUCGACCAGAUAUGCCAAUUAAAACUGGCAACUUGAAGCAAAAGGAGGUUUGUUUGCAGCCAAUCCCACUAUACAUAAGACAUGAUUCACACAUGAUGUGAUUUAAACAUGACAAUAUUCAAACAAAGAAAUUUCAAGAAAAUUUUUCAUUUUUUCAAGAAUUUUAAAGAAAGCGUUUCCCAUCUAGAAUUUCCCAUUUAGAAUGUCGCCAAAUUGCUUGCUUCAACAUUUGCUCUUAUCAAACACUCCUGAAAAUAAGUUUUUACAUUUUCUUUAUUUUUAGCUUCCAUAGUAACAUUAUAAAUGUGUAUUUUCAAGCUUCAUUUAAUUGAAACCAAUUUUCCUCUCUUAAGAAUCAAGAUGUAAAUGCUGAGUGAGGUAAGUGCAAGGUUCCUGGCACCAAAUAACCUGACAUCGAAUAACCUGACACCAUGAGAUUUUUUAUGGCUGCGAUGAUUUUUUUUCCUUUUUUCACCGACACCACUUGAAGGUGAUUUUUUGUCAUACUGAUAUACUUAUUGCAAGUAUUAAAUGACAAAAGUAUAUAAGGAAAGAAAUAAUCAUUCAUUCAACACCUAAUUGGCAAAUAUAAUUAAAUGUGCAAUAUGCAAAUAUUUUCACUUAUUUGAACAACAGCAAAUUUUAAUUUUUAUGCAAUAAUUAAGUGCCUUGGUACAUGCAUCUUUUUUAUGUGAUUGUUCUAAAAAACAGAGCUUUUAAACCGAGUUACAACAAGCUUUGAACAGUUCAGGCUUUCACUUAUAAAGCAGAGCUAUGCUAUGCAACUAAUGAAGAACAUUGGCCUCGUCAAGCUCUGACGUCAGGUUCCAAUUAAUCGUCGUUGCCUAUCAAUCAGGUUCCAUUUAAUCUGACGUAUGAUACAUAUAGCCAUUGCAGUAUAAUUUCUUCAGAUUAAAUCAGCAUUGAUUGUCGAAGCACACGUUGAAAAAAUGGGAAAUUUACUCACGAAAAACAAAGUUUCAGCUUUCUCUGAAAGUAAAAAGUCCGGAUCGAGAAAUUUGAAUAAAUCGAACAAACAUUGGUAUCGAGGUUUGUUUUGCUGUGGUGAAAGCGCAGUGACAGUCGAUACAUUAGCAACGCAAAAGGUACAGCAGCACGCAAGUAAACAUAAAGAAUCUAGCAAAGAAGUAAAGCAAUAUGGUUCACGUAUCCAGCAUGCUGAAAAAUGCAUCGAAGACGAGGUUGAUUCUUUAAAAGAAUUUGUUCUUGCUAAACCAAGGAAGCUUCAAUUGCCUUUUGACAAGGCUCCGUUGCCAAAAAGUGGAGAAGAUGAAGAACUGAAAAUAAUCAGACAUGGAAUUGUUGUCAAGACCGGCGAAGAUGGUCAUGCACGGGCUGUUGCAUUUAACGUUGAGCUAUUGGAAGAAGAUUUACUCGGCAGACCACAAUCCAGAAUGGCAAUGGGCCAUCAAGCAAAUAGACCGAGAAGACAGUGUAACAGAUUGCCAGAGCUGCCUGCCAUCACCAAGGAAGAUAUAAAGAGAAAGUGAGUAAUGAUACAUUUCUUGUUUGGAACUACUUUGUUAAAAAUAAAGUUUUGAUAUCUAUAGACUUCUAAAGUUUUAAAGUUUUGAUGAGAAAAGCAUUUGUAUUCUAGAUUAUCACAAGCCAUGGAGAGAAAGGAUGUUCUUCUGAGAGAUAGAACUCAAAGGCUCAGACAAAGAGCCAUCCUCUCAAAAGAGAUGCUGCAACGGCUUGAGGCAGAGAAACAGCGGCUUUUGCAAGAGAGGAUAGAGGGCAAGGAAAGAAAGGCUGCAGAGAAGAAGGAGAGAUUGAGAAUAAAAAAGCAAAGAAAGGCAGCUAAUCAAACCAGACUAGUCGAGAAGGCACAAAGCAAUGCAGCCGAGAGAAGGCGACAAAACUGCCGAAAUACUGAGGAAAAACUGAAAGCAAAGAUAAAAUCUGCGAAGGAAAAUAAGAAAGAGGUAAUGCAAACGCAGGAGAGAAAGCUCAAUUUGCACAGAUACAAGCAGAUUAAAGCAAAAUUAAUAAAGAUGGAAGAAGAGGACAGAAAGUCUACUUUUCAGAAAGGAAGUGAUGACAACAGCAAUGUCACAUUCAGUCUCCCUAUGCAUCUGUUCAGUAAGGAAAAGAGAGAAAAGGCAAGAAUGUCAAGGUUACCAGGUGAAAAGAGAGAAAAGUUCGAAGAGGAGUCGUCAGAGAACAUGGCAAAGAUUGAGACAUAUGUUGACAAUUCAAAACAUCCUUUUGAGGACAAUUCCGAGAGUGAUUCAGAGGAUGCGUUUUGGGUUUGCUGAAUGAAUUGAAGAUUUUAAUCAGGGGACUGAAGAAAUCAGGCAACAGACUUGCCGAGCAAAACUUAGGGUAAGUAAGGAAUGUCAAGAGUUGGCCCAUCACUCAGCUUGGAUGUCAUUAUAAUGAACUGUCAUUUGCUGUCAUCUCAAAUCAAAUUUGAUGCUAUUUCAAGUUCAUUGGCAUAAAGCAUUGAUAGGGGAGAUAGAGGAAUGAACUCAAAUGACCAAGAAAUAGAACAUCACUAAGGAGAGAACUUGUAUUUAUUUUUACAAUUGGGCAUAAUAUUGUCAAAUGCAAAUGCAGACGUAACUAGAAGAGAGCUAUAAAGGUUUAAUUGUGAUGAUAGCAAUACAAAGCUGCUUAUUGAGGGACUGCAAGCUCGAUCUAAACUAGAGCCAGAGGCUAUUGAAUAUUUUUGUCAAUAAAAGUGCUUCAAAUGAAUCAAGUAUAAGCACGAGUAGAAUGGAAAUGUAGAUUUGUUUAUUAACGAUUGAUAUAUAUUUUCCCGUAAAAUUUUUGUUUCUAUGUCCAUGUAUGUUACCCAAACAGGUCAAAUUUCUGACACUAUUGUCUGUCAGUAGUCAAGAGCCAUUAUAGAAGUUUGGUUGGAUAAAAUCCAGAUGGCGUUUUGACGCGAUCAAAUUGUUGUCCUAGAAAGAUUUUCUUCCCUCUUUUGCUCAUUUGGUAGUCAAUACACUCAUUUUUUAAAAGAAACUGGCUAUAAGAAGCGAGUACUGGACAAUCAGAAAAAAUUAAGAAACUUCAGUACUCGAAGCAAAUAAAUUAAGAAACUAUUAAAUCGUGAUAAAACUUAGAACAGCGAAAUUUUGUAAAAUCCAAGAACAUGAUUGCCCUGUUGACCUAGAACUUAAGACACAAGGGAAAAAAAUAUACUUCUCACGUCUAAAUACAGCACCAGAAAACGGAAGCGAAUCUCUUGACGUGAUAAAAAGGUCACGAACAUUUCAUAACGUCAUUCAUGACAUCGUGAAUAGGAAACUCUUAGGAAAUAAUGAGUAUUGAAAUUUCCAGAACACUAAGAAACUGGGGUACUCAACAUCGACCUUUGUUUCUUAGAAAAAAAACUGAGUGUAGACGACAAUUGAACUUAGGACACAUUUUCUUUCUCGUUCAAAUUAUCACAACAAUUUGCAUUUCUCGCAAAAACUUGUUUAAAAAGAUCCUUGUCUUGUUUAGAAAAUUUUAUUUAAAACUAAUACAUUUUGCUGUUCGAUUGUAUAUGAUUCUUUGUCACACUGCAUUCUUUGUUUGCUCAACCUGAUUAACUUCACACGACCAUCUUAUUUGUUAAGUCUAUGAUCAUAAGACCCCCUUCAACUGGGAUUGCGGCGUGAGACCCCUUUUAACUUUGCAGAUUCGGCUUUAUUUACUUCUUGCUCGGGAAACUUGAUAGUUGGCU